UGUGUUUUCUCGCAUUCGACCGCUCAAUCCCUUAAUCAAGAAAGGAGGUACUAUUUAGCCUCUUUGCCUCAAAAACGAAAGAGGAAAAUAAGCAAAAAGAGUCAGAAAAUCAUCGAAAAUACCAAGGCUUUAGAUGUACCCGAAGCAGAUCUUGUCAAAAUCAUGGGUUCUGCAUUACAACCACCUCAAAAGAAAGUAAAGACUGGUGAUGUACAGAAAACGGAUCACCAGUCGAUGAUGAAUUCAAUUUCUCAAAUGACAGAUAACCUUUCCCUUUCGUCAUCAACAAGUGGAGGUUGCAACUUUUCCACAUCAGCUCAAGGGAGUAGACAAUCAUCCGAGAAUCCUAAUAUGGCAAUAGUGGCUUCAACAUCAAAUGCGAGAAAACACACUGUAGAAAUUGUUACCGAUUCAUGCCCACAAUCAGAAACCAUUUCAUACGAAAUCAACCCAAGUCCAGUAAACAACGUCGAGAUGCGUAGUCUUAAAUCUCGUGAAAUAAAGCAACCCGAGACGGAAAAUCGUUAUAAGAUUAUGAUGGCUGAUGCCAUACAAAAAUUGGCUAUCGCAACUCUCGCUAUGAAGCAUAAUCCUGAAUAUGGGCCUUGUGAAUUAGAAAGCGUGGUUAAUAAAUUUAAGAUAAAGAAAUUAGGAAAAGAUCCUAAAUUAACGAAACAAUCCUAUAGUAAUACGUUGCUGGAAAUCUUUAAUAAUGGUGGUAUAGACACGGUUAUGGAUCGACUAGAAGAAAAUCUGUCUUCCCAUUUAAAAUGUCAACCAAAGGAUGAGAAGAGAAAUAGGAAGAGAUCGGCUGCUGUAAACGAUGAACAGUCAAUGAAUGAAAAGUAG